UAUGCGGAAACUGAAGAGCGGAUGAGUUGAGUAGACCGCGUUUUGCGAGUGUCCGCUUGACAGCAGUGAAACAACGACAUCGUUUUAUGUAUCAUAAACACGAUAUGAGCGUCCAGCAAAUGUACUUAUCAAAAUGCUGUUACAUUUGUAGCUAUUACCAUUAGCUGACUUGUAUUGCUGACUUCUCUGUUUUGGUGCUGAGUUCCCAAACAAGUAAACUUCAUCCGUGACAGUUACAUUCAAGCAGUUGUCAGUCAUCGGAUCCAGAAUUUAACCGGGUGAGCAUCUGGAUCAUGUCAGAUUUAUGUUGGUAAUGCCAAUAUUGUCCUCAAUGUCUCGUAAACCAGCAGGGAGAUAGCUUAUUUAGUGACGCUUCUUGACUGUAAAUUAGCCGAGUAGCCGAAGGUAGCUAAAUUAGAUAGCUAGCAAAUUAGCUUGGGUGAUCCAAGCUGCAAUGACAAUCCAGCUACUGUCAUUUCUCUAGCAGCACUGCCAGCAUAUAAUGUGUUUUCUCUGUAAUUAUUUUCAGAAGAUUGGAGUCUUGUAUUUUUUUGUGAGUAGCUCUUUUACUGGUCAUUUUGUUAAAGAGUGGUUGCUCUUAUUAUUCCCCUGCACAAGAAGUGGUGAAUGCAAAAAACGGUCUACUUUCACAGUGAAAAAAUACCAACUUCCGACAGUUACCCCUAUAAAUUGCAGAAACACCCUACUAGGCAUUGAAAGGGGCUUGUAUGUAUGUGGAGUCUCCAUCAUUUCAACCUGGUGAUGUGCUGCCUAUGAUCCGUGCUCUUAUCCACAAAAUGGAGGCAGGUAAUUGCCCUGCUGGAAACGAGGAGAAACAAACCGUUUCCUCACCUUCAGCUCAACAGGAGAACACUGCUUGUGAUGGACCUGCUGUAGAUGAGCCAGACAGCCAAAGCCAGUUCUCUAGAGCUGCUUCUUACCCUGAAUCAGAAGACCUGGACUCCUUUAACCUAAUAGAGCCCCCUCCUCUGGACUGGAGGUCAGACGACUCUAGUGAAGCAGGUUCAGUGGAAGAGAUGGACGACCCUAGCUUCCCUCCCUCCUUGGUCCCCGUGGACAGUUUAGAGGACAGAUUAAGUGAGUCCCUACCUCCCUUGUACACCAGUGACACUGCAGCUUCUUCUCUGGUAGUUAGCCAGGAGGAGCUAAUCGACUAUGCUCCUGAGGAUAACACCCCAACCAAACAGGUUCUGGAUCCUAGCAAAGAGGGAGGAGAGGUGGGGGAUGCGAUGGAGGAGAAGGUUGAGAUCAGGAGAACAGGUGACAAAGACCACACGCGGAUCCACCACCUGCUAAACCGAUUCCAGGUCAUUGGAGAAAGCCCUCUCCACAGGGACUCAACCUCUGACCCUACACCACCACCAUCAGAAUUCUCUGAGCCCUCUGAAUUUGAGCCUCCAGGCCCAUCUCUGUUGAUGGACAUCAGCCCAUUGCUACCAGACCCAGAGCAGAACCCGAAACAGGCCUCGGAGAUGCUUUACUCAGAGAGUAACCAGAGAGACCUAUUAGGGCUGUUGGAGUGUACAGAGAUAGGGGCUUCCCAGCCCAGUUCCUCUGACAUCAAGGUUCCUCCUUACAUGGACCGGAGAGGGGAGAUGGACGCGGUGGUGUCGGUCUCCUACAACCAGGAGGAUGGCGAAAGGUUCUGGGAACACUUUGGGAACGGCUGGCAGCUGCGCCACAGGGAUGACUCCGUGGAGUCUUUCCCGGAGGACGAGGUCCCAGAGCCCGUAUGGAUGAAGUUAGGGGAGGAGGCUCCGGCGGUAGACUCUGCAGAGAACAGUCAGCGGGGCGCAGAGGACCGCCCAGCCUAUAAAGAUGUGCCUGGCCCCUGUGAUCCAAAUGACCUCCUGGAUGGGGUCGUAUUUGGGGCCAAGUACCUGGGCUCCACCCAGCUCAAGUCUGACAAGAACCCCUCCACCAACGCUCGAAUGAAACAGGCCCAGGAGGCUGUGGACAGGAUCAAAGCCCCAGAGGGAGAGUCUCAGCCUAUGACCGAGGUGGAUCUCUUCAUCUCCACUCAGCGCAUCAAAGUCCUCAGUGCAGGCACACAGGAGGCCAUGAUGGACCAUCCUCUCCAGAUGAUCUCCUACAUCGCAGACAUCGGCAGCAUCGUGGUCCUGAUGGCCCGCAGGAAGCCGGCCGGGGGGCGUAAGGGCCAGGAGGGGAACCCUGCUGGGGUCAACUCCCCCGGGCCACAGAAAAAGUGCUGCAUGAUCUGCCAUGUGUUCAACUCUGACGAGGCCCAGGUGAUCGCUCAGGCGAUUGGCCAGGCCUUCGGUGUGGCCUACCAGCAGUUCCUCCAUGCCAACGGCAUCAAGGCCAGUGAGCUGAGGCCCAGCGAGUACAGUGACUACCUGGGGACACAGGAGCACUAUAACGGAGACCUGGUACACUUCUCGGAUUCAGAUAACAUCAGAGAGGUGUCCAUCUCCAAGGCUCCCAGGGAGAUAGUGGGGGUGGCUGUGGUGGAGUCGGGCUGGGGCUCCAUCCUGCCCACGGUGAUGGUGGCCAACUUGCUCCACGGUGGUCCUGCAGAACGCUGCGGGGCCCUCAGCAUAGGAGACCGCAUCAUGUCAGUCAAUGGCACUAGCCUGGUGGGCCUCCCCAUAGCCACCUGCCAGAGUAUAAUACGGGAUUUAAAAAACCAAGCAGAGGUGAAGCUCAGUAUCGUUCACUGCCCUCCCGUCACCAUGGCAAUUAUCAAGCGACCGGACCCAAAAUUUCAGUUGGGCUUCAGUGUAGAGGACGGGAUUAUCUGCAGUCUGAUGCGUGGAGGGAUCGCAGAGAGAGGGGGCAUCCGGGUUGGACACCGCAUCAUUGAAAUCAAUGGGCAGAGUGUGGUAGCCACUCCUCACGAGAAGAUCAUCCACAUUUUGACUGACGCAGUCGGGGAGAUUCACUUGAAGACCAUGCCAGCCUCUACGUAUCGCCUUCUAACGGGACAAGAAACUCCAGUAUUUCUCUGAGAGAACGGUGGAGAGAAUGCUGCCUGUGCUCUCAGAAGCAAACAAGGAAGAAUACCAUUUGGAAGCUAUACACAUGCACACACGAAGCCUCAAAUUGGACUAUGCAAUUGGACUGUAUCACCUGGCUAUUGAUACACCACUGAACAUUAAAAAAAGAAAAUGUUGCCUUUAUUUAACUAGGCAUGUCAGUUAAGAACAAAUUCUUAUUUUCAAUGUCGGCCUAGGAACAGUGGGUUAACUGCCUGUUCAGGGGCAGAACGAAAGAUUUAUACCUUGUCAGCUCGGGGAUAUGAACUUGCAACUUUUCGGUUACUAGUCCAACGCUCUAACCACUAGGCUACCCUAACAUAAUGGGGUUAUCCACCUGAACAGAAUAUUUUAUGAUGUAUGUUAGAAUAUCAGGAUGAUACAGCAAAUGUUUUCAAAGACAGAAUUGUUAAUACAUCUCUGUUUAUAUUAAUGACAUGUUAAAGCAGAUAACGGAGAUCGUCAAUAGGAAAAGUGAAGUUAUCUUACUACCAUACUAAUGAUCUUUCUGAACAGGAAAAGCAUGAGUACCUGCAAUGAAUUACUUCCACCACCAUUCUUUAGUUGCCGAUGUGCCUCAGCUCAGUGGAACUUGAAUUCAUGGAGAGGAGCCUAAUUUAAGAAAGCUGGUCCGUAUGUCUCGUCAUUACGUGCUUCUCACCUCUAGACAAUGUCAUUGAGUAACAUGCACAUCAACAAGCGACUACUACAUCAGUAUUACAUUGUUAUUGUGUAUCUCCGAACAGUGUACUAUUAAUAUGCUGAAAGAUUUUACUUUGUGCAUGCCAUUCCCUAUUGUUCCCAUUUCAGUGCCUGGAAGAAUUCAGAACUUAGUUCUGUAUUUUCAGAAUCAAAGGUAACUGCCUUUAGUGUUAGAGAUAUACACUGAGUGUACAAAACCUUAAGGACACCUGCUCUUUCCAUGACAUAGGCUGACCAGAUGAGUCCAGGUGAAAGCUAUGAUCCCUUAUUGAUGUCACUUGUUAAAUCCAUUCCAAAUCAGUGUAGAAAGAUGAAGAGGAGGAAACAGGUUAAAUAAGGAUUUUAAGCCUUGGGACUAUUGAGACAUGGAUUGCGUAUGUGUGCCAUUCAGAGGGUGAAUGGGCAAGACAAAAGAUUUAAGGGGCUUUUGAACAGGGAAACACUCAACCGCUUUUCCAUGGGUAUCAAGAAUGGUCCACCAUGAAAGGACGCCCGGCCAAUUUGACACCUUGUAGAGUCCAUGCCUGACAAAUAAAGGCUGUUCUGGGUGCAAAAGGUGCUGCAACUUAAUAUUAGGAAGGUGCUCUUCAUGUUUUUUUACACUUAGUGUAUAUUUUUAAUGACUGCAAUUGUGUACAUCAUUUUUGUGAUGGGGAUAUGGCCCGGACACAUUAGCCACCACAGGUGAGUACCAGGGUCAUGUAUUAAGGGCACACAAUAGCGAAUGUUUCGAAACGUUGUGCAACGGAAUAAAAUUGUCUUGAUAAUUAUUUAAUCACUCCAAUAUUGAAAUCAGUUGUAUACUGCAGUGACACUAAUUAUUUUGCGAACACAAUUCCUGUUGAAUGUUGUGUGCGUGCAAUAUGUCAUGCAGAAUGUUUUCUAUUUUUUAAAGGAAGGCGUCUACAAAAUAAACGAAGAAAUGUGUA